AGAAUCUCCGACAUGUUUUCGACGAAGAACCGCGCGCCACGUCCAAGCUGCAUGACGUGACCGCCGUUAAAGGCCCAUCGCCGCCUCACUCCCGGCCGUCCACACGCUCCAUGGAAAUGAAAGGAGAAGGCCUUGUUUUACUCUGAAACCGCCAACACUCAGAGAGAGAGAGAGAGAGAGAGAGACGAGAGGGAGAGCUCAACUUGUUAAUCUGCAAUAUUUUGCAUCGCCGGGUACAAAUUUAGUUAUCGGUCGGUAGAGACCAGUUGAAGCGUUUACUAAUUUAUGCAGCUGUUACUCUAUGGGCAAUAAACGACAGAGAACGAUAACCGGUGAUCGCCCCGAAAACGAGGGCCACCCUUCUACUUCUUCUUCUUCCCCUGGUACGUUUUUCCCAUUUCCAGCGUCUGCUCGCAUUCUCGUUGCCCUAGAAGAUGUGGAGAGUGAAAGUACAGAAGAAAGAGCCCAUACCAUGUUCAUCUGCAAUGGAAUUAUCACAGAAAAAGAAAGCUUCACGUUUAGUUGACUCAAAAGAAUCGAAGCCCCUUUCUUCUCGGAAAGACAUGACAGACCGUUCUGGGAAGCAGCAUAAUGCCCACUUCUCCUCUAAUCGUCAUAGUCAGCAACAUCGGCAAAAUCUCAGUCGUCCAAUAUACUUAAAACGUUCACGCCAUCAUUACGGCCAUCAACACCAUUGGCGGAAUUCCGGGACCUAUUUUAGGCCAUCGACUUCUCAUGGGAAGGGUUCUUCAUGGGAUGAGAAGCUCUCCUUCAAGAUGGCUAACCCUGAUUAUGGGCACUAUACAGACGAGGGAGAGAGAGCAUUCAGUGUGCCUGAGAUAAUAAUCCGAUCCAACUCUGCGGACACCAAUUCGGGUUUGCUGGAUCCAGAGAAGAUUGCCUGCGGCAUCUGUCACAACCUCUUGAAAAGGAGACCUCUACUUGCUCCCUCUGCUGGUGAAUAUGCUGUCGUGGCUGUCCUAGUCUGCGGCCACCUCUAUCAUGCAGACUGUUUAGAGCACAAAACGCCUCCCCAGGAAAAAUCGGACCCGCCUUGCCCUGUCUGUUUAGGCUCUUCUGUACGGGCUGGUAAGGCCAUAACUGAGAUCGAGUGAUUGUACACAAUGGAAGGAUAUGUAGGUCAGUAGAUAUAAAAUGAGUUCUUCCUCCCUAUACUAGGACUGUCGGACUUAGCGUGUUUCAACAGUCAGAUCAAUGGAGGUUUGUGGUAUGUAGAAAGAGUUUGGCUCAUUAUGUACUCUGUCAAUCAUGGUUAUAGGCUAUUGAUAGAGAGGCUGCAGUUGCAGAGUAGUAUCUUCUUGCAGAUUAUGUAGGUAAACUGGUGCUGCAAAUCUUAUCGAUCAGCAGACUUACCGAUGGUGUUAUCGAGAGAUUAUUUGCUUCAAUGAAUGUUCUCUCUCUAUGUUGAAUUUAACA